AUGGACGGUCCCCUCGCAGCGCUGCACGACGCCGUCAUGUGCCCCAUCACGCGGCAGGUCAUGCUUGAUCCUGUCGUCGCGAUGGAUGGCCACUCGUACGAGCGGUCGGCGAUCGAAGCCUGGUUAACAGCGCGCGCGGUGCCCACGAGCCCGCUCACGAACGAGCCCCUUCCGUCGACCCAGCUCCUUCCAAACACGGCGCUCAAGAAGGCUGCUGCCGCGUACCAUGCGCUCAAGACGUCAGCGCUGUCUACUGCGGCCAUCGAUCUGCCUCGGCGUGACGAGCUGCCCCAGUACGAGUUUUUCCCGUCGCUGCAACACGCGGUGCGCCGGCAGCGCGGCGUGCAGCACGAGUUAGCAGCGGGCGAUCUCUUUGCCGUGACCAAACGCACGCACGGCAGCGACUCGAACCACGUGUUUCUCGGCGUCAGCCGCGACUGCAAAUCUACGCUGCGCGAGCGCUACGUCCUCGAGCUGGCCGCCGACGCGCCUCAUGCGCCGGUCGCCAUCCGAGCAGCGAUGACGGACAAGAUCAUGGCCUUCAUCGCACACACUGAGGCGCUGUGUACUUCCGCCCGUCGACGCACACGUCGUGCGAGUUUACGCCCCGUCAAGAAGGCCCGGACCGCGACGGACUUUUGGUUCGAGCAGGCGAAGUCGUCGUUGGCGACCUUCAUGUCGAAGAUCCUGUGA